GUCUUGGUGCACCGCAUUGCAGCCAAACAUAAUGGUGAGCCCAAGAACUGUGCUUCCAGGCGUCAAGAUAUUGGCCUUGAAGGUGAAUUUUGGUGUUUUCGAGGAGGUCAACAUGCUUGCCAGCUUCCUUAGAUGCUUUCCCAAUGUUGACAUGCUUCACAUCGAGUCUCUCCUGCACGAUCCAUCCGUACCUGGCUAUGAACCCACUGGGGAGCACCAUGCCAAGUUCUGGCUGGAGGCCAGUCCGAUCAAAUGCUUGCGAUCACAUGUCAAAAGGAUGGUUAUCCACAAAUAUCAAGGGCAUCAAAACGAAUUUGAAUUCCUCAAGUUCAUCUCCAAGGAUGCGCUGGAGCUGCAGUCUUUGGUGCUUGUGCCACCUAAAGAACAAAAUUCCUUGCCGAACGAGGUGAAUGAGAUGAUAGACAGACUGGGGUGUCCACGGUUUCGAGCAUGGGCCUCUAAAGUGUUGCUGGUGUUGACUAAAGUAGACAUUGGUUUUAUUUUGCAGAAAUCAUCCGACCUUACGGUCAACGACCCUUUUCGCUGCUCGAUGCAUGGCUAAUUUGUUUGAUGUAUGUAUAUAUGUAUGCAAGAUCAAUCCAAGCCUCUUGGGGAAUCAUUGACUGCUGUAGUGAGAUCACAAUGUUAAAGUUUGGAGGCAUGCUAUCUCUUCGGUUAAA